UUAACGUCACAGUUGGCACGAAUCCAAAUCACCAGCUGGAGAAGUGUUGGGUAGGAUUGGUGGUAGGUGGUGUGGCCUAGCUUGAAAUAAACCUCAACAUUGCUGCCAUCAUGUGGAGUUUUCAGCUUGGUGGCCAUCUCGCAGUUCUUUUAGCCGGCAUUAUUCUGCACAUCUGGAUUCACACAGCCAGAGGUGUUAAUGUGUGUGUUAGUGGCAGUGCCACAUCAUGUGAAGAAUGUCUACUGCUUCACCCGAGCUGCGCCUGGUGCGCCCAAGAGAACUUUGGAAGGGGAAGGACAUUCAUGUCACAAUGUGAUUUGAGCCAGAACUUGCUGAAAAGGGGCUGCAAGGCUCAUUAUAUUGAAAACCCAAGGAGUAUCACUUCCAUCCUCAAGAACAAACCUUUGAGCUCCAAAGGCUCAAUGUCUGCCCAGUAUGACGUCAUCCAGAUCCAGCCACAGAAGAUUUCACUCAGUCUAAGGCCGGGUCAUCCGACCUCGUUUGAGGUGCAGGUCCGCCCCGUUGAGGAUUAUCCUGUCGAUCUGUACUACCUGAUGGACCUCUCGCUAUCCAUGAAGGACGACCUGGAUACCAUUCGCAACCUGGGAACAAAACUGGCUGAAGAGAUGAAGAAGCUCACUAGUAACUUCCGUCUUGCGUUUGGGACGUUUGUGGAUAAGAACUUGUCUCCUUUUUCAUACACAGCUCCCAAGUAUAAGGAGAACCCCUGCAACGGAUACAAGCCAUUCCCAAACUGUGUCCCCUCCUUUGGGUUCCGUAAUCACUUAUCUCUGACUGACAAAGUGGACCGUUUCAAUGAGGAGGUGCAGAAGCAGGUGGUGUCACGGAACAGGGACGCGCCUGAGGGUGGAUUUGAUGCUAUUCUACAGGCUGCCGUCUGCAAGGAGAGAAUUGGUUGGAGGAAGGAGGCCUAUCACCUGCUGGUCUUUGCUACAGAUGACGUACCCCACCUUGCUUUGGAUGGCAAACUGGCAGGCCUCGUUCAACCUCAUGAUGGACAGUGCCACCUGAAUGAUGCAAACGAGUACAGUGCUUCAACCAAGAUGGACUACCCUUCAUUAGCUCUUCUUGGAGAGAAGCUGGCUGAAAACAACAUUUUCCUGAUUUUUGCAGUGACCAAAAGACAUUAUGUUCUUUAUAAGAACUUCACUGCAUUAAUUCCAGGAACUACAGUGGAGAUCCUUGACCAAAGCUCAAAAAACAUAAUCCAGCUGAUCGUCACUGCCUAUAAUAACAUCCGCUCUAAGGUGGAGCUGAGUGUAUGGGAUCAUCCUGAGGACCUCAGCCUGGCCUUCACUGCCACGUGUCAAGAUGGCAAGCCUCUUUCAGGCCUGAGCAAGUGCGCUGAUUUAAAGAUUGGAGACACGGUCUCCUUCAACAUAAGCGUGGCUGCCCAUAGCUGUCCUCCACCAGGCACCCAGAAGAGUUUCACCAUUAAGCCUGUGGGCUUUAAAGAUAGUCUGGAAGUCUCUGUGGAUUAUCAGUGUGGUUGCAACUGCACACGCUACGCUCAGGCCAACAGCAACCACUGUAGCUCUGCGGGCACCUACACAUGCGGCACAUGCCACUGUGAACCGGGCUACCAUGGCACCAACUGUGAGUGCGAGGAGGAAGAAGUAGGCAGCCUGAACCUCGCCGCCUGCCGUGAAGCUAAAGGCAAGCAGGUGUGCAGUGGGCGCGGGGAAUGCAGCUGUAACUACUGCCGGUGCUAUGAGUCCGAGUUUGGCAAAAUCUACGGCAAGUACUGCGAGUGUGAUGACUUCUCCUGCGCUCGCCACAAGGGCAUUCUUUGUUCAGGUCAUGGUGAUUGUCACUGUGGGGAGUGUAAGUGUCAUGCUGGCUAUGUUGGAGACAACUGUAACUGCUCAAUAGAAACAACUGGGUGUGUCUCCGAAGAUGGCAGAAUGUGUAGCGGACGGGGCAGCUGUGUGUGCGGCCGCUGCCAGUGCACUGAGCCGGGGGCAUUUGGGGACUUGUGUGAGAAAUGCCCCACCUGCGGUGACGCCUGUGCUGCAAAGAGGGAAUGCAUCGAGUGCACCCUCUUCAACACGGGGAAAUUUGCAGACAACCACACCUGCCAGCGCAUGUGCAAGGAUAAGAUCAUUGUCACGGAGACUCUUGAUACGGACGACCCAAGCACUGUACUGUGUUUGUAUAAGACUGAGAAUGAAUGUGUGAUGAAGUUCACCUACUCUGAACAUGCCAGUGGCCAGUCAAUCCUCACUGCACUGCAUGAGCCAGUGUGUGCUGCUCCCCCUGAUGCUAUGACAGUGCUGCUUGCGGUUGUGGGCAGUAUCCUGCUAGUGGGCAUUGUGCUGUUGGCCAUGUGGAAGUUAGUAAUCACCAUCCACGACCGGCGCGAGUUUGCCCGCUUCCAAAGCGCACGCUCGCGAGCACGAUAUGAGAUGGCCUCCAAUCCCCUCUACAAACAUCCGAUAUCCACUCACUCGGUGGAGACGGCAUUCCAGAUGCACAGCAAGUCAUAUAACGGAGGACUUCACUGAUCUCCUGCUGGUUGGGGUGGGGACACGGCAGGACCGGUCCGGUUGACACAGUUUACAGUUUUGUGAUGGGGAAGAGAGAUGUCCCCUUCAUUAAAGACUUUGACAACAAAGUGCCAUUAGAGUUUGUUCUUUUUUUGUGGUCCUUUUCAUGAGGUCUAAUAACUGAACCACAGCUGUACAAUAAGCUGGACUGCUUAUGCUCAUUAGUUUUCUCUGAUAGAGGACGUAAAUGGAACAAAUGAGGAUCCUUUACUGCAAGAAUGAUGGACUUCCAAAUGAAUGGACUACUUGAGUGAAAUUGCCAAUUCUGCAGCUCUAACCACAAGUCCUCCACAUUGAGGAUGCCGUGUGCAUUACAUUUUACAGAGAAAUGAGAUGUUGAUGCCUUAUAUAGUAUAACUGUAUAGACAAGCAUUCUGUAUUUUAAACAUGUUUGGUACUAACAGAGCAAUAACUUUCUUACAUUUAGUUUUGCACAUUGUAUGGAUUUAUAAAAUGAAAAAAAAAAUAAAAAUGCAACUCUCA